AUGGCGGUCAGUCGGUUCAUCACGAUUCUCCUCCUUUUCCAUCAAAUUUCUUCGUCGAUUCAACAAAGCGAUCAAUUGGAUCAAUUCACAUCUCCGAAUGAUCGAGCUGAAAUUCCAUCUCGUGAUGGAUGGUUGUAUUUUGCAAAAACCGCUUCUUGGUACAAGGCUAUCGAUCAAGAAAUGGAGUUUGAUAAAGCCGAGGAAUAUUGUGUGGAACAAAUGGGUCACUUGGUCUCAAUUCACAGUCAGGAAGAGAACGAUUUAGUUCAGAAACUCGCGAAAACUGUUCAUUCGCACUCUCUCUUCUCGAUCGGAAUGAAGCGAAAUCCGAACAAUGAAAAUUCUUUGGAAUGGAUAGAUGGAAGUUCGGUGGAUUUCACGAAUUGGAUAGGGGGAAAACCGAAAUUGGAGACCCACGCUAUGCUUUGGGGCGGCGAUGGGAGAUGGUCGGUCUUUUUUCCAUGGGGUUUAUCCGUCCCUUUUAUCUGCAAAAGGAGCUCUGAAUUU